UUCUCAUAGACGAUCGGUUGUCAUCCCGCUAUUUCAUCUUGGCCGUGAAGCAAUGGAGGAAUUGCUCGCGUUUCCGUCGCACCACCCAAACGAAAAGAUUGCUCCCCUCAGAGAGAGGGGGGAAGCGGAGGGAAGCGAUGCUUCCUCGAUAGGGAGAGAGGAGGAAGGGGCACCAUGUCGUCGACGCCAAUCAAGUACGCGCGGCGCACGUCGAGCGGGCGCAUCGUCAGCCUCUCCCGCGACGACGACAUGGACCUGGGCGUCUCCGGCGACUUCACCUCCACAUCCUCCGGGGGACACAAUGACUACAUCAACUACACCGUGAUGAUGCCCCCAACCCCGGACAACCAACCCAAAGCCGCCGCCCCUGGGUCCAAGCCCGACGACCUCCCGUCGCCCUUCGGUGGCGCCGCGAAGGGCUCGGGCCGAAGACGCAGAGGCGUAGGGGAGGAGGGCGACGGAGGAAGAGGAGGAGGACAUGGGGCGGGGAAGCUGGACCGGAGGAUGUCGGUGAUGAAGUCGAUGUUGAUGAGGAGCCAGACGGGGGAUUUCGAUCACAACAGGUGGCUGUUCGAGACGAAGGGGACGUACGGGAUCGGAAAUGCCUUCUCGUCGAAGGACGAGGUCGAGUUCGACGAGGAUGGCGAACCCAUUAACAUAUCGGAUUUCUUGGAGAAGCCAUGGAAGCCGCUUACGAGGAAGAUGAAGGUUCCGCCCGGCAUCCUCAGCCCCUACAGGGUCCUGGUGGUGCUCCGGCUGGUGUUCUUGUCCCUCUUCCUGUCAUGGCGCGUGCGCAACCCCAACGCGGACGCCCCGUGGCUGUGGGGAUUGUCCAUCGUCUGCGAGAUCUGGUUUGCCUUCUCCUGGAUCCUGGACCAACUGCCCAAGCUCAACCCCAUCAACCGCGCGGCCGACCUCGUCGCCCUCCGCGAGAAGUUCGAGACGGCGUCCCCCUCCAACCCUCUCGGCCACUCCGACCUCCCGGGCCUCGACGUCUUCAUCUCCACCGCUGACCCCGAGAAGGAGCCGCCCCUCGUCACUGGGAACACCAUCCUUUCCAUCCUUGCCACCGAGUACCCCGUGGAGAAGCUCUCCCUCUACAUCUCCGACGAUGGCGCCGCCCUGCUCACCUUCGAGGCCAUGUCCGAGACCGCCGCCUUCGCCCGCGUCUGGGUACCCUUCUGCCGCAAGCACAACAUCGAGCCACGCAACCCGGACAGCUACUUCGCCAUCAAGCGCGACCCUACAAAGAACAAGAAGCUCCCCGACUUCGUCAAGGACCGGCGCUGGAUCAAACGCGAGUACGAUGAGUUCAAGGUCCGCAUCAACGGCCUCCCCGACACAAUCCGCCGCCGCUCCGACGCCCUCAACGCCCGCGAACGCAAGCUCGCCCGCGAGAGGAGCGGCGGUAGCGACGCGAACGCGGCAUCCUCGGGCGCUGAAACCAAGCCCGCCGUCACAGCCACCUGGAUGGCGGACGCUACCCACUGGCCGGGCACCUGGAAGGUGCCGUCGCCGGACCACUCCAAGGGCGACCAUGCCGGGAUCGUCCAGGUGAUGAUCAAGACCCCCCACCACGACCCCCUCUACGGCGCGCCCGGCGACCACCCCUACCUGGACUUCACCGGCAUCGACACCCGCCUCCCCAUGUUCGUGUACGUGUCCCGGGAGAAGCGCCCCGGGUACGACCACAACAAGAAGGCGGGCGCCAUGAACGCCCUGGUGCGUGCCUCCGCCAUCCUCUCCAAUGGGGCCUUCAUCCUCAACUUCGACUGCGACCACUACAUCUACAACUGCAUGGCCAUCCGGGAGGGCAUGUGCUACAUGAUGGACCGCGGCGGCGACCGCGUCUGCUACGUGCAGUUCCCGCAGCGGUUCGAGGGCAUCGACCCCUCCGACCGCUACGCCAACCACAACACGGUCUUCUUCGACGGAAACAUGCGAGCCCUCGACGGGCUCCAGGGACCCAUGUACGUCGGCACCGGCUGCCUUUUCCGCCGCUACGCGCUCUACGGAUUUCCCCCUCCGCGCGCCAACGAGUACUUGGGUCUCUAUGGCCAGAACAAGCGUCCGGCCCCGCCACCGCGGGUGGCGACCAGCAUGGACGCGGACGACCCCUCCGGUCCCUCGCUCGACAUGGACCCGGACCUCUGCGCGCCCGUGAAGUUCGGCAACUCCACUAUGUUCGGCAACUCCAUCGCGGUGGCCGAGUACCAGGGCCGCCCCCUGGCCGACCACCCGGGGAUCAAGAACGGCCGCCCGCCGGGCGCACUGCUCGUGCCCCGCACGCCCCUCGACGCGCCCACAGUCGCGGAGGCCGUGUCCGUUAUCUCAUGCUGGUACGAGGACAACACGGAGUGGGGGCAGAGGGUGGGGUGGAUCUACGGGUCGGUUACGGAGGACGUGGUGACGGGGUACCGGAUGCACAACCGGGGGUGGCGGUCAGUGUACUGCAUCACGAAGCGGGACGCCUUCCGUGGGACGGCGCCCAUCAACCUGACGGACCGGCUGCACCAGGUGCUGCGAUGGGCCACCGGCUCCGUGGAGAUCUUCUUCUCCCGCAACAACGCCCUCCUCGCCACAACCCGCCUCAAAUUCCUGCAACGCAUCGCCUAUCUCAACCUCACCAUCAUCAUCGUCAACCUGGUGGCCAUGGCGAUCGGGUUAUCGAGGACAGUGUACAGCGAGAUCCCGCAGUGGAGCAAGCUGAUGGGUGGGUUCUUCUUCAGCUUCUGGGUGCUGGUGCACAUGUACCCCUUCGCCAAGGGGCUGAUGGGGAGGAGAGGGAGGACGCCCACCAUCAUCUGGGUCUGGUCCGGCAUCGUCGCCAUCACCCUGUCGCUGCUGUGGGUCUCCAUCAACCCGCCGGACAAUAGCAUUCCCAGCAGCGGAGGAAUCGAAAUCUGAACGAACAGGCAGAAACAAAGCAAAGCGCGCGUGCUUCCCAUCAAGCAGAAAUAAACAGCUGUAAAAACCGUACUGUCACAUUAAAAUAUGCUACGGGGAAGAUAUAAAAUUGAUUAUAUAAUUACU